AUGAGUUUAAGUGCGGCUGAGGAAGAUUCAGCUCCGGAAAUUCAUCUUCCCGCUGAUAUAGAUUGGGAGAUGUUGGAUAAAUCCAAGUUUUUCUUCCUCGGGGCAGCACUAUUUUCAGGCGUUUCAGGCACACUUUAUCCAAUAGUGGUGUUGAAAACGCGCCAGCAAGUGAUGUUGAAUGAGAUUUCAUCACUGAAAAUGGCGAGCUCCAUUUUAAAAUUCGAGGGAUACAGAGGAUUUUACAGGGGAUUCGGGACUUCCCUUAUGGGAACGAUUCCUGCACGUGCCCUUUACAUGGGGGCUCUUGAAGUGACAAAGGGUAAUGUAGGCAAUCUUGCUACUGGUCGGUUGGGAUUAUCCUCGGCCUCGGCCUCUGCUAUUGCUAAUGCUGCUGCAGGCCUAAGUGCAGCAAUGGCUGCACAAUUGGUUUGGACACCUAUCGAUGUUGUGAGCCAGAGACUGAUGGUUCAAGGUGGUACUGGUGGUUGUAAAGCCAGUAGUUGUUCAGUUGGCUCAAAAACAUAUAAUGGUGGGAUUGAUGCAUUUAAAAAGAUUAUAUAUGCUGACGGAGUGAGGGGAUUGUAUAGGGGUUUUGGGAUAUCAAUAUUGACUUAUGCACCUUCCAAUGCUGUGUGGUGGGCUUCUUACUCUAUCGCUCAUAGAUUGAUUUGGGGCUGCGUAGGUUGUUAUUGCUGCAAGAAAAAUGAGAGUGGUUAUAGGCCGGAUGGGAAGGCAAUGGUGGCAGUUCAGGGGUUCAGUGCUUCAUUCGCUAGUGGGGUAUCGGCUUUGGUUACAAUGCCUCUCGACACAAUCAAGACGAGGUUGCAGGUUUUGGAUGGAGAGGGAAGAGGGAGUGUUCGAGCGCCAACUAUUUUACAGACAGUGAGGAACUUGGUUAAAGAAGGUGGAGUAAGUGCUUGUUACAGAGGUUUAGGUCCUAGGUGGGCUUCAAUGUCUAUGUCUGCAACAACCAUGAUCACAACGUACGAGUUUCUCAAGCGACUAUCGGCUAAAAGUCAAGAGAGUUAUGCUUGA